AGCUCAACAUCACUGAUUAUAAAAGUUUGGUGGGAGAUUAUAUCCGGCAAUGAUAAAGAAGUUGAAAACCUUCAAUUAGCUUUUUCAACAGCAUUAAAUUUGAAAAAAAAUUUCUUGAAACCGGAAACCUCAAAG